AUGGCAGGUUUUACUUUCUACAAUUAUGAACCCUCCUUACCAGCGGCCGCUGCAUUUGUUAUUAUCUUUACCACCACCGCUCUUGUUCACAUGUGGCAAAUGUUCCGGCAUCGAACAUGGUACUUUAUCCCAUUUCUCAUCGGCUGUCUUUUUGAGGCGUUUGGCUAUGCCGGCCGUGCGCUCUCCGCACACGAAGCUCCAGACUACACGAAAAACCCAUACAUCAUGCAAUCAAUAUUGCUCCUCCUCGGCCCCGCACUCCUCGCCGCGUCUAUUUAUAUGAUACUGGGCCGUUUGAUAGUUCUUCUAGACGCCGGCCACUUAUCACUGAUUCGAACAAAGUGGUGGACCAAGGUUUUCGUCAUUGGCGAUGUACUAUCCUUCCUGGCACAAAGCGGCGGUGGCGGUAUGCUCGCCUCAGCAACGUCCAAAGAAAGCGUCGAGAAGGGCGAGAAUAUGAUAGUUGGCGGACUACUCGUUCAGAUCGUUUUCUUUGGCUUCUUCAUGAUUGUCACCGUCGUCUUUCACAUGCGAAUUCGCUCACGCCCAACAUCUCGAUCUCUUGUCUUGAACAAUCCUUGGGAGAAGCUGAUCUGCAUCCUCUACGCCUCAAGCCUAUUUAUUCUAGUUCGCUCCGUUUUCCGUGUCGCGGAAUAUGUUCUAGGAAAAGAGGGAGCGCUGCAAUCUGAAGAGUAUUGGAUCUAUAUCUUUGAUGCGACGCUCAUGUCCUUUGUUGCGAUUCUCUUGAACAUCUUCCAUCCUAGCCAGGUUAUUAACAAUCCGGAGGCCGGAAAGCCUAUGUAUACGGUAGAUGAGUAUCCCUUGCAGAGCGUAUAG